GGUCGUGGAGUUGUGGGUAGCGGACUGGGUCUGUGAAAAGAGGGCGCACUCUUACACCCGAGCCUCUAGGAGCUGUUAGAAGGAGCCCUGAGGAGGGGAGCAGAGGCGUUUGUGACCCUAGCAGCCUUUGCUCCUUUCCUGGCGUCAGUCUUGCCAUCCUCACAAAGAGGUUGGCGGAGCGAGGGGGUGACCCUACGGGAGAACAAAGGAGCAAGAUACGGAGAUUGGCUCCCGGAAAUGGUAGUGGAGAAAGGCGCGGAGAAAACUCUAGGCCUGACGGUCUCUGCGGAAAGGGGGCGGCUAGAGCGCAGCCUCCCGGCCCUCGGAGCCCGUAGGCCCCGCCCUUGGAUCCCGCAGGUCCCGCCCCCGAGGUCUAAGUAGCGCCGCAGCCUUACCGGAUCCCUCUGCAAGACCCGUCAGCCGUGCCCUUGGAUCAAGUACUGUCAGCGCUCCCAGGACGCGCCCUCCGUCCGACGACACACAGAGCGGCCUGCACUCCCGUGUUCUCCCUGCGGCCCGGACACAUAGUAUGACCAUUAGGUGUUUCGUCUCCCAGCCAUUUUCUAUGGAAAACCAAAGAGAUCAGGCCAUGAUAGCCACAGGCAGCUUUGAAGAAUGGGAUGCCUUUAGAGAAGCUUGAUCUUGAAAGCCUCACCUUACAAAGCCAGUUUCCUGCAGAGUUCCUCUGUCUCAUCUUGUUGCUGAUCAAAGGGGCCCCCUUCUUCAGUUUUUCUUCGGAGGUAGCAGGAAAUCAGCAUUAUGGUUGGGUUUAAGGCUACAGAUGUGCCCCCUACUGCCACUGUUAAGUUCCUGGGGGCUGGUACAGCUGCCUGCAUUGCAGACCUCAUCACCUUCCCCUUGGAUACUGCUAAAGUCCGGCUACAGAUCCAAGGAGAAAGGCAGGGGCCAGUGCAGGCUGCUGCCAGUGCCCAAUACCGCGGCGUGCUGGGCACCAUCCUGACUAUGGUGCGCACCGAGGGCCCUCGCAGCCUCUACAAUGGGCUGGUCGCCGGCCUGCAGCGCCAGAUGAGCUUCGCCUCCGUCCGAAUUGGCCUCUAUGACUCUGUCAAGCAAUUCUACACCAAGGGCUCUGAGCAUGCUGGCAUCGGGAGCCGCCUCCUGGCAGGCAGCACCACAGGUGCCUUGGCUGUGGCUGUGGCCCAGCCAACGGAUGUGGUAAAGGUCCGGUUCCAAGCACAGGCCCGUACUGGAGGUGGCCAGAGGUACCAGAGCACUAUUGAGGCCUAUAAGAUCAUUGCGCAGGAGGAAGGGUUUCGGGGACUCUGGAAAGGGACCUCGCCCAAUAUUGCUCGAAAUGCCAUUGUCAACUGUGCUGAGCUGGUGACCUAUGACCUCAUCAAGGACACUCUCCUGAAGACCAAUCUCAUGACGGAUGACCUUCCUUGCCACUUCACUUCCGCCUUCGGGGCGGGCUUCUGCACCACCAUCAUCGCCUCCCCCGUCGACGUGGUCAAGACGAGAUACAUGAACUCUGCCUUGGGCCAGUACAGCAGCGCUGGCCACUGUGCCCUCACCAUGCUCCAGAAGGAGGGUCCCCGAGCCUUCUACAAAGGGUUCAUGCCCUCCUUUCUCCGACUCGGUUCCUGGAACGUGGUGAUGUUCGUCACCUACGAGCAGCUGAAACGGGCCCUCAUGGCUGCCUGCGCUUCCACGGAGGCUUCCUCUUGAGCCUCUCCUGCUGCUGACCUGACCACCUCCGGCUUUGGCUUCAGCUCCAGCCAGGCCCUGCUUCCCUUUUCCUCCUCCCCUCCCCUCUCUCCCAACCCCUUCCUCCUACUCCCUUUCCCACCACCUGCCUCCCUCUCCUCACGUUCUCACCCCUCAGCUCCUGUUGCCUCUCACAGUCCCCAUGGAGUUAACCCCAGCUGACACUGAGGGAAACCUGGCACCGGCCAGGAUCUCAAGCCCUCAGUCUCUUGAAAAGUUCAGCCCGACUCUUCCUCCUGCUCCCAAGCCCAGCUAGCACAUCACUCAUAAAACAAGCUCAACCUUG